GUGUGUUAUAUCGAACUAGUGAAAUUUUAUAAACAACUAAUAAGCUUUUUUAAUUAAUAUAGCUAACGGAGGAAAAAGUUAAUGAUUUAAUCCUGAGUCUUUUAUUUGGUAUGUUUCAUCACAACUGUGAUCUUUUCGUCAUUUCUUUUACAUUUGAAAUUGAAUUGCGCCAAAGAGCGUGUGGUGAAUUUUAAUCUUGCUCAUUGUAAAUCUUGCAAUACAGUGUUGAAGUGUUGAAAACUGUUAGCAGUGAACUGCUUUCAUAUACAAGUGCACAUGCCUAUUUUCAUGUAAAUUUAACACUGUGUGCGCAUAAGUGUCAGUAUUAAUUUAAAAUGUAUCCAGGCAUUUCUUUUUGUAAAGAUUAAAAAGAACGGGUAUCUCUUGACAGCAGUUUUAAUAAUUCGUUGAUCUUAAUGGAUGGAGUUGUCCUUCCCGAAUAAGCGAAAGAGACCACGUGAUCUGUGUAGAUCUGCGCUAUUCGUAAGUGCAUCUGAGCGAAGGAUGGAAUAAUUGCCUGAAAUGUGCGUUACCAUGUUCACAUUAACGUGUGUUAAUGUUCACAUUUAUUCAGCAGCCAGUUAACAUGGGUAAUUAAUGUAUAUCGUUCACUUUAGCACUUAGGUGCUAUGGCUGUUACUCUUCCAUCAUCAUCUGUUGCAACUACUACAAUUUCAUGCUUAUCACCACAACUGCCUUUAAUAUCACUUCGUGAAACUGUUGCCAAAAUAAAUAUGCCAGCUGUAGUCCAAGCUUCAGUUGUGAAUCCACAAGUGACAAUUGCUUCUACUACAGUGUCAUCUGAAACUGUGUAUAAUUUAACAAUAAGCAAUGGGGAAAUUCACUCAGCUACCUCAAGUGCUGUACCAAAAAUUGCAGUUCCUCCUGUUGCUGCAUUAGCAGUUUCAAGAGACUUCAAAAAUGACCCAGUGACAACAACUAGUCAAAAGCCUAUUAUUGUUACUGUUUCAGGCAUGCCAGGAAUGACGGCUGGGAAACAACUUACAUCAGCAACGAAUGUUCUCACUGCACCAUUACUCUCAGCUCCUGUUCAUAUGAUAGCUCAACAUUUCACUACCGAAAAAAUACCUUCAUCAGGAAUUAUGACAUUACCUACUUUAUCCAGAACAGCUACUAAUGUCAAUCCAAUUUUAUCUGCCAAACCACGACAAACACCUCACAUUUCUCCAUUGAUACCUACAAGCAUUAUAGCUUCGAAAGGUCAGCUUGUCAUUGCCAGUGCCAAUAGUCCUUUAAUUGGCUCUUCAACAGCAUCUGUCAUAACAACUAUGUCUGGAAUUUCAUUGAACAGUAGUAUAGUCACUGUUACACCUGUAAUCAUGACCUCAACAGCUCCUCUAGUCUCUCUACCUGCAAAUUCAGCUAUGACUCUAAAUCCGGUGUCUCAAACACAGGUUUUGUCAACAAUGAUUCAGCCGAAUGUAAAACCACCUUUAUCUGCUAACAACAAAACGAUAAUCCCUGCAACAUAUGUGAAAUCUGUGAAUAUUGCUGCUAAUCCUCCUUCAUUUCCUGUGGCCGUACAGCCUGCAGCUAUUGCUCCUGCUGCUAUAGCCAUCACCCCUGCUCCUCCGAAAGAACCCGAUGUUGAUCCAAAAUGUGAUCCUAAGAAUCCAGAUUUUGAUCCUAUACAAGCAAUGGAGUGGAAAGAUGGUAUCGCAACAUUACCUGGUAGUAACAUGAAGUUUAAAUUAAAUGAAUUUGGGACAUUAGAAAUGAUCACUGAAGACUUGUGUAAUGUUCCACCUGUUGUCAAAUCAGUUAAGGAUGAGGGUACAAUUACAUCAGAGGAUAGUUCUUCAGAAAGUCGACAAAAAACCUCAAGAAGCAAAGAAAUGUAUCAAGAUGAGAAUUCUGCAGAAAAAGUGACCCAGAAUGGUCCCAAAGAUCCUGAUAUGUCGGAAGAGUUAUGCAGGUGUGAGAACUGUAAUUGCUUUGGUCUUAAAGUAGAAUUUUGCAAAUCAGGCCGGUUUUGCAGUCAGUCUUGUGUAUCAUCUUAUGCUAAUAGAAAAAAUGCAUGGCUAAAGAGAGGAGCUGCAAGAGAGAAAAUAAAAAAAAAGAAAUUAAAAAAUGAGACAAAUGAUAACGCCCUUUUACAGGAAAAUGUGAAUAGUACAGUAAAAAGUGAAGAAACAGGAUCUGAAGAAUCUCUUGAUUUGAAGAAAGAAUUUCAAGAGCCUAAGAAAGGAGACUUCUCAUGGGAGGAAUAUUUGAAACAAGAAAAUGCCAUAGCAGCACCUGUAAAGCUCUUUAAAGAUAGUCAAGGGUUUCCUACAAGUAAAAAUGGUUUUGAAGUUGGUAUGAAAUUGGAAGGAAUUGAUCCUAAACAUCCAUCCUUAUUUUGUGUUUUGACUGUGAGUGAAACACGUGGUUACAGAGUGCGUCUACAUUUUGAUGGCUAUUCAGAAUGUUAUGACUUCUGGGUGAAUGCUGAUUCUCCUGAUAUUUUUCCUGUUGGUUGGUGCGAAAAAACGGGUCAUAAACUUCAACCACCCAAAGGAUUUACUUCUCAAGAAUUCAAUUGGGAUAGUUAUCUUAAGCUUUCUAAAGCAGAAGCAGCUCCAAAGCAUUUAUUCACAUAUAGGAGCCCUCAGACUCCCAGUCCGCAUUUUCGUGUUGGGAUGAAACUUGAAGCCAUUGACAAGAAAAACUCCUCCUUGGUUUGUGUCGCAACUAUCACUGAUGUUAUGGACCAUAGGUUUUUGAUUCAUUUUGAUGGUUGGGAAGAUGUUUAUGAUUACUGGGCAGAUGCUUCAUCCCCUCAUUUGCAUCCUGUGAAUUGGUGUAAAGACAAUGGUCGUGUUUUAACACCCCCAAAAGAAGUUAAAGAUGCUGCAUCUUUCAAUUGGACAAAGUAUUUAGCAGACACCAGGAGUACAGCUGUAGCUCCAAGAGCCUUUAAGCAAUGUACACCUAAUGAAUUUAAAGUGGGUAUGAAAUUGGAAGCUGUUGACAGACGCAAUCCCAUUUUAAUUAGAGUAGCUACAAUUGCUGAUAGGAAUGAUCAUAGUUUGCUAAUACAUUUUGAUGGCUGGUCUACUGUGUACGACUAUUGGGUUGAUGAUAACAAUCCUGAUAUUCAUCCUAUUAACUGGUGUUCAAAAACUGGUCAUCCAUUAGAACCACCUAUAGUUACUGCUCCUGGUCAGCCUGGACCUUGUCCAACUGCAGGUUGCCUAGGUCAGGGGCACAUUAAGGGUCCAAAGUAUACUACUCAUCACAGUGCCUUUGGCUGUCCAUAUUCUCAGAUAAAUUUAAAUAAAUUGGACAAUGCAUGUCAAGACAGAGUAAUCAUAACAAAAGAAUCACUGAACGAAUGUGCUAAAAAAGUGUCAGAUCAAGGAGGAACAACGGAUGGGCUAAGGAGAUGUCCUACUCCUGGUUGUAAUGGAGUAGGCCAUGUCAAAGGUAAAUACUCUGUUCAUCAUAGAGUUUCAGGCUGUCCACUUGCUGAAAAGAAUGCUUUAAAAGUACAACAAACUACUGCUACUACUGUUAGUCCAACUCCUAGUCCUGUUUCAACACCUACACCAUCAACUGCUUCUAAUACUUCUGUGAGUACAGAUACUAAACCUGUCGAUUGUAUUAAGACACGGAAUGGUGUCGGCAGAGGUAGAAAAAAGUUCAAACUUCCUGGGACAGGUAUGAGAGGCAGACCACCAAAACACAUCGCCGAGUUAAGACUAGAAGCUCUGAGAAAGGCUCAGGCAGCAAGUGAGAAGAAAACAGAUUUGGAAGAAAAAGUUCACGAUUCUGUUUUCAACGUUCCAUUUACGAUAGCUCCUAAAGAAAUGCCUCUUUCGUGGGAGCAUAAUACUCAAUUAAUUCCUGGACUUAAUUCUAUUAAAGGCAGUGCAGUAAGAGAAUGGUCUAUAAACCAAGUUGCCAAAUUUGUUUCAUCUCUAAAAGGAUGCAUAGAUCUUGGAAAACUAUUUAGAGAGCAAUUAAUUGAUGGAGAAGCUUUACUUGAAUUGACACAAUCUGAUUUACUUGAUCAUUUGCAUUUAAAACUUGGUCCUGCACUUAAAAUUUACAGCAGUAUUAUUGCUUUCAAAGAAUCUGAAAAAUUUGAUUCUCCAGAAGAAACUGCUUAAUGAGAUUCAAAAUGUGAGUGAUGCUCAAAAGCUCUCUAGAUAUAUUUGGUUUCAUUGUCCAUAAAUUUGCUCAAAAAUGCUAAAUGUGUCAUUGAUAGAAGACUUGUUUUUCCCUUUUUAAUUUAUGCUGAAUGAAUAAAGGUAAAUGUCAUGUAUGUAGACAUGGUUGCAUGCUGGGCUGGAAGCUUGAGUAUGUAUGUUAUUUAGAGGUUUGAAAUAGCUGAAAGUUGGAAAGGAGUAAUUUAUUUUUUUAUGCUAAUAACAUGUUUAUUGAUUGCAUUGAAAGAGCAGAAAAAAAUAGAAACUGGAGAAAUUUUGAAGAGAAACGUUUUGAAUUGCCUCUUAACAGUAUUGUUUGAGAGCUAAUUAAGAAAAAAAUGUUCCCUCCAGUUUCUAAAUGUUGACAGUUUAAAUUGAUGGUUGUAAUAAUUGUUAAGAUCUCAUAUCAGUACCACUAUUCAUUUGUUGUGCUGAUUGUGCAAAAUACUUGAAAUGUUUUGUGAUAUCAAAAGAAAUUAAUACAUGUUGUUUAUUUUUAAGUUAAUAUAUUGUAUUGGUUAAGUGCAUUGUAUAGUAUAUUUUUGCAGAAUGAUCUGGUUUGUGUAUUUUGAAGAAAUUCACAUUUUAAAUGCAUUUUUUUUUUCAAAACUUUCACUAUACUUUAAUUUUCCAUUAUAUAUUUAUUUCAAUAGGAAUGAAUUCUAGCAUUUUAAGAAAUAUAUUUGUCUUUUAUUAUAGUAAUUCAAAAUAAUUUGAAAAAUACAACUGAUAUUCUGCAUAUAUCUCCCUUUUCAAUAAUGUUGAUUUCUGUAGCCAUUAGUUGUGUUAAAACUGUUUUUAUCCUAGAAAAGACCGAAGAAAAAAAUCAAAUUUUUUAUCUGUAUGGAUUGGCAUGUUUGUAAUAUUUUUGUAAAUACAAUUAUUUUAAAAUUAUGAAAAUAUUUUUAGAGAAAACUAACUUUACAAUACUUGUGAGGAUUUCAUCCUUCCACGUGGCAGUUGUAAUUUUAACUUUUACAUUCUCAUCGAGCUUUCUUUAUAGUUAUUUUAUAAUUUAUGAUUUAUGUAUGUUAUUGUUUUAUAAUCUGUGUAGGGCUACUUUAAAAAUUUAUACAUGCAGAGCAAUAAUUAAUUUCUUCUGUAUUAUUGUUGUCAUUGAAUUCUUUCAUUGAUUGCACUUUUUGACACACUUUUCAUUGAUUCUUUCAUUGAUAAGCUAAUACAUGAAAUAUGUAAAGUAAAAUUCAGCGUAUUACUAUAAUGUAACUGUUUUUUUUUUUUCCAUUUAUAAAACUUCCAAUAAUGAAUAUCAAAAGAAACAGUUCUGAAUUUUAUUAAUAAAUUUAACUCUAUGGCAUUUCUUGAAAAAUAGCUGUAUUCUGUUCUUAUUCUUGUUUCUGCCUGCCACUUUUUUUUUCUCUUUAAAGCAAAAUCACAUUCUGUUGAUUUGCUUGAAAUUGCCUUCCACAGUGUUGAACUUCCACAGUAUGCUGAAUAAGACUGUGGCAGAUGGUGCUUGCUGUGUUUGUAAAUUAAUGUAAAAUAUGUAUGAUUUAGUAGCAUGAAGAAUGUAGAAAAAGGUUAAAUUCUGUAGCUUGCAGAAUAAUUUAACUAUGUUUUUGUUUCUUGCGUUGUAUCAAUAUUAAUUUUUCCUGUGGAAUUAAUAAUUAAAGAAACUGCAUAAUCCAGAAUUCAGUGAUCAGCUGGUAUUGUUUUGUAUAAAAUUUGACAUGGCUUACAUUUUUGAAAAAUUAAGAAACUUCAUUAAUUAUUGAAUUUCUUUAGUGCAUGAAAGUAUUUUUAAAAGCAAUAUUUAUUGAGCCUUAAUUUGAAUGUCAAAAACUAAAACAUUUAGAUUGCAAGUGACCGCUGUUAAUUUAGCAGCUGUACUGAAAUUCUAAUUGAUAAAUAUUUUCAUCCUUUUAAUUACAUAAUUAUAUUUCUAUAUUAUAAAUCAUACAAAUAUGAACAAGGAAUAAAAAUUCAUGUGUAGAAAAUGAGACAUUAAAUUUUUGGCAAAAUUCAGUCUUAGAUUGUUCUGUAAAAAAGCUCUAAUUUGUUCUGUAAAAAAGUAUUUUAAGGAAAAUGGGCUGAGAGUAUAGUUUGUUUAAGGAGCAAACAUUGUGAUGUGCUUCUUUUCUACAGAGAAAUUAAAGUAGUCCAUGCAUAAAUGUCCAUUUGUAUAAAAAAUAACCACAGUAUAUUAUUGAGCUGUAAAUGGACUGGACAUUCGUGGAUUACUUAUUUGGGUAUUUACGUAUUAGCACAAACAGCUCAGCACAGUUUAGCAGUUUUUUUACAAAAGAAACAGUAUGAUGACUUGCCAGAAGUUAUUUAGCGUAUAUGUAUUUUGCAUUCUAAUUACUAGUCAAGUAUUUAUCCUGAAAAUCAGUCAAUAAACCAAUUCAUACAAAUUUUUUGUUAGUAUUUGUAGUCAUUAUCCAGUUCUUUUACAAAUAUUCCACUUUUUUACAAAAUACUUCCUCAGCAUCGAACAGUUAAUCAUAGAAAGGAAUACAAAACUUACUACGCAAAAGUCACGAUCGGUAACCGAAGAGAAUGGUUGUGAAUAAGAUGAAAAAGUAUUUAAAACUCACAAGCGCAGAAAUAUAAAAUAUGGGUAUAAGUGAUAUAUAGUGAUGAUAUUUAAAAUGAUGAUGAUGAUUUCAAGAAUUUGAAAAACACUCAAAAUAUCUUAAAAGCAUUAAUAGUGACAAUGACUUUGGGGGGAUGUAAGUUUGAUCCAAAGCAUACUCUGUUUAGGGAUUUUGCAAUAUUUUAUUUGUGCAGAAAUUUUACCACAAUUUUUACUACAAGCACAUAUUUUCAAAUAGAGUUUUAACACCCUCCCCCGAAAAAAAACCACUUUGCCUGUAAAAAUAAUUUAAAUUCGGAAUUUAACAAAAAUAACAUAUAUGAAAAUGGCGAUAUUGCUUGUUUAAAACUAAAGAAAUAGUGCAUUCUGAAUGCCAGAGUUUGUUGCAUUCUGCAAAUUUGGCAACAUCUAUUAGUGGUUGCACUACUUCAGGGAUUCCCAACCCUAUGCUGGCAGGUACCAUGGCACCCGCCACUGUGCAAUCACAAAAAAAAAAAAAAAAAAAAAAAAAAAAAAUGUUUUAGUUUCAAUAAAAUUCUAUGUAAAAGUUUCUCAUUUUUAAUAAAAUAGAAAUUGUGUCUAACACAGAUAUAUAAGCACAAAGUGAAAUGCAACCAAACCUUUUUUUUUUUUUUUUUUUUUUUAUGUGCAUGGAUUAUUAACUCUAUCCAACUGUAAAUUCCCCCUUGAAAAAGUAAAUGGUGCCCACUGCCCAACAGAUAUUCUAGAAUGUGCUCUUAGGGACAAAACUGUUGGGGACCUCUGUGCUAGUCCAUUAAUUACCCAAAUUUGUUACAAAUUACUGACACAGUAUCUCUAAAUGUAUUGCAACUCUAGUUGACAUAGAGGUUAGUUAGAGCUUACUACUUCUUGAUGGGCAUGAAUUUCAAAUAUUAUGUACAGUAUUUGUUACCAUAAUGAUCUUUUGGAAUAAUGGUAUUUAAAAUUCUAAUUGGAAAGUCUUCUCUUCUUCAAGAGGAAGAGGACAAGACACUUUGAUUUCAUUUCUUGAAUCCAAUUAAUUAUCUUAAAAUAUCUGUGAAUUAUAAUAUGAGUGUAAUUGGCUAAAGCAAAGAUGUUCAUUGAGUAUUUUUAUUUCAUUAUAAAAAUAUUCAAAAGCUGCAAAGUUGACAAGAAAAUGAGAAUUGCAUUUUAUCUCAGGAAUUGUAUAGCCAUAACAGUCAAACUAUGAUCACUGAUUAUUCUGGAUAUCAUGCAUUCAUUCAUUCAUGUUCUCUUGUCAUCAUGAUUGUUCCAACAGUUUGUAUAACCAAGUGCUUAGCUUUGUUUUGUGAAUGUUUCAAGUGUAUGUGUUUCAACAUGAUGUAUUUAUGUGCUAUGUCCGAUUUUUCAUAAAAAAUACUGAACAUAUGAUACAUAAUAAAAUAAAAAGUGCAGUUGUUUUAAACUGUUACCAGAAGCUCAAAGUACUAUUUCAUACAUCUUAAUUUUGCUUUUUCUAUAAAUGAAGUUUUAGAGAAUUAUAAGAUGCUUUCAUAAGCAUAAAAUCUUAUUUUUGAGUAGCCUGUUCUUUCAUGCAUUCCACCUAAAAAAACGCCAGUUAAAAAAGUGUCUUAAUACUGUUUUAUUUUCAAAGAUGAAUAGCUACAGGGAAAGUUUUUAUCUUUGAAAAUAAAACUAAAUGUGUAUUAAACAUUUUGUACUUUAUGGCAAUAAAUUUAUGUUGUUUGUAAAAAUAGAGCUCAUAUGAUAAAUGCAUAAUGAAAAAUAUGUCUUAUAUAUGAAAAACUUGACACCCAAUUCUAAAAGUUGCUUUAGAAAAGUAGAGCAUUAACUGCAAAUGUGAAGGUCUAAGUUAUUUUAAUACAAUUCGCAAAGACAUUUUUUUUUUUAAAUAUCUCGUUGCAAAAUAUCACUUGAAAACUCAACAAUAUUUUGAGAGGUAAUAGAUGAGUGCCAAUUUUACAUUUUGUACUGUACAAAUAUUUAUAUUUUAGUAUUGUCCGUAUUGAAAAGUAUUCAUAUUAUAAGAAAAUGUAUAAAUGAUAAAAUAAUCUAUAAAUUUGAUUUUAACAAUAUUAUUUUUUAUUUCAAAAGAAUUUUUGCAAUAAAUUAUGUAAAAGUUUCCCUGGAUAUAUAAUCUGAGUGAUUUGAAUUUGUUUAUUUGAUUUCCAGCUGUUUUUAUAUUUGAAUUUUAAAUUUUCAAAAACUUGUAAAGCUGACUUUUAAAAUUCUUGUUGGAGGUUAAUAAAAUUGCAAAGAAAUUUUAUGGGAAUAAAUCAUAAAGAGUAUUCAUUUUCUUUAUUAUUAGCUUUAAGAAUAGAUUUAGAAAGUAAGUUUUAAUAACAUUAAAAUACCCAGAUUUAAAGAAGUUAAGUUUUAAAGAAGAAAAUCGAUUUGGUAUUUUCUGAAGUGGAGGGUAGAGAUUAAAAUAUUAAUUAGACUGAAAUUUUUCUUUUUAUUGUUUUGUAUUUACAGGUAUAAAUUUAAAUGUUCAUUGGAGAGUAGAACUAAACUAUAGAAACAUUAGCAUGAUAGAUAAAUUAACUUUCUUGAUAUUCUUUGCCUGAAGUGAAGCUUAAAGUUAUGUUUAAAAUGAAUAUUACUACUACAAGUAUAAAAAAUAAUUUGUAAUGUAAGCUGUUAAGAAUAUAGAGUAGUAUAAUUAAUUUUUUUUUUCCAAAAUUUUCAUCAAUUGGGGAAAAAUUUUUCUAUAAAAUAGGCACUUGGCCUUACUGGUCCUUCCCUCAUCUACAAUCAUAGCAUGGGUCAUCAUCACAGUACAGUAGAGAUCAGGAUUCAUUGAAUGAAUUAAAUAUUCCUGGAAAUAUUUGUACCUCUUUUUUUUUCUCGCCCUCCCACCUGUCUACAUUUUUACUUUAGCCAAAAGAAUAUUGCUAAGUACUAAUCAGUAACUUUAAAUCUAUUUAGGUCGUACAGAAAUGAAUGACACAAGUGCUGCCAUAGAGCAAAAUACAAUUUAUUAAAAGAAAACUGAUAGUACAUCAGUUAGAAAUAAUCCCCGGCCAUGUCAAUACAUUUCUGCCAUCUGGCUGGGAGGUCCCGAAGGGCUUUGGUAAACCAGUCUGUGGGAAUGUUGGUGCACCACCUAUGGACAGUUGCAUGCAAUUCGGCAGAAGACUCAACAUGUUGGCCCGUGACUGCAUCCUUCAUGCUGUUAAGCAAGGCAUAGUCCGAGGUCUUGGUUCGAGGUCCGAGGUCCACCCACUUUGCACACACAUUUCUCAUCUCCAAAUGACUGUGCACAAUCGCCUGCAAUGUUCUUUGCACAAUCCCUGUCUCUUCCUGCAUCUUGUAGAACGUUAUACACUUGUUUGUCAUGAUCAAAUCCGACGUGGCUGCCCCAUUAGCUGCUGUAUGCGAUGUUGCUGGUUGUCCUGUGCUGACCCUUUAGCUGCGGUCUCCACUCCAUUGCUGAACAUGGCCAACCAAUGGGAUACUCUAUGCCUUGAGGGUGCUUUUUUCCCCACACACCAACACCAUACGACGAAGGAUCUCACUACCCUUCUAUGCCUAUCUUCACUAUCUCACUUCCCUAUUCCUUCCUUCCAUAGGAACCACACUGUCCAUCGCUGACCGUGAUAAUCGCCUUCCAUUAUUGCUAUCCACGGUCUCGAUGAUGAUGGUGAAAGGGUCGGGAGCUGACUUAAUACCGUUCGCUUGCGGCCAGCUCCAUCUAUGCAUUCUGAGUACCUCACGCUCCCUUGUGUCUAUUUCACUCGUUUUCCCUUCGCAUAGUGUAAUAGUUUCAUUGUGAGAGCUUUUGUCUCAAUCAUUUCUAUACGAUUCAAGUAGUUUAAGAAAAAUAAAAAAAACUAUCAUAUUUGGAUGUGAUAAAUUUGAAGAGUAAGUAUUUUAACUAUUCUGCAUCUGCACUAAGACCAUGAUUUUUAGCAAAUUAUUUAUCAUUUGUUAUUUAUUACAUUGUUUAAAGUUGAAGAAUAUAAAAUUUUUGUCCAUUCUGAAACUCCAUUAAAACCAAAUUUUUAUGAAUUUGAAUAGUGUUAAAAUUAAAAAACAAUGCAUUGAAAAAUUUCUAUCUUUUGAUACAUCACUGUUAUUGUUAUGUAUAAAUAUGUUCUCAGAUAUUAUAGUUUCUAAAUUUGAAAUACUCUGUAUUUUGUUAAGCAUGCUUAAAGACAUAUUUGAAACUCGAUAAAUUUUCUGAAGUGGUGCCUUUUUUUUUUUUUUUUUUUUUUGUUUGGUUUAUAUUAAAAGAAUUUUUUCUUGUCAUUUGAUUGUCUUGCUUUUAGACAAUGACAAUUUAGGAUCUGUAAAUUUAUCACCAAUUUUUUUGCGGGGGGGGGAGGGGGCGGUGGACAGUGUAAAAAUAUAGUUCAAAGUAUUCAUGAAGUGCUCCAUAAGUCUGAAUUUAUAAUUGCCUUCAGAUAUAGUUAUGUUAUUUUGAACUUUUAAUUAUUUUCAGUCUGUGUAAGACUUGUAGCCUAUAGUUUUUAUUUUUAAACCUGGGAAAUGUUUGAUGGAAUGCCGGGAUGAUCUAAAUCAUUUGAAAUUGUAUGAAUAAUUUGUUAGAUUUGUUUAUUUAAUUUUUCUAAAAUUUUCAUUGCAGCUUAAUUUUAUUUUAUAAAUACAUCUCUUUCCAGAUUUACAAAUGCAAAACCAUUUAAAAUAUGUAGCUAAAUGCAACUUUGAUUUGAGCUGAAUAUUUUUCUAUUUAAUUUUCUGAUGCAAGGUUGUUUAGUUUUAAAUUAACUUAUGAAUAGCAAACAAAAAUGUUACACGUAAAAAAUAUAAUUCUAGAGUUUAAUUAUAAUUGCAUGUAAUAUUUCUAACUUUGUGUACAUGUAUUUUACACUGCUGGCCGUUUUUAGUAAUAAUUUUAUUUUACUUAUAUUUGCAAACACUGUAGAUUUUUAAAAUAAAAAAAUAAUGUUGAAAAUACAAAUGCAAUUGUAAAGAUGUUUAUAUGCAUUUCAAACAGUGUGUAUAUAUAUUUUAUUUUCAAAAUAUUUCAGUAUAAUAAUUUGAAUGAAUUUAUAUAUAAAAUUUCUUUCCUUUUCCUUUUUUUUUAUUGUUGUUAUUAUUUGGUGUAGACAGUACUCUUUUCUGUAAGUGAAAAAUAAUUAUAUUAUGCAACAUAAAAUAAUUAUGUAAUAUAUGCAGGCAGAUGUCCGAGAGAAAAAUUUUUAAUGAAAUAUAUUAUUAAAAUAAUUUGAUUUUAGUUUUAAGAGCUGUAAUAGUUGUAUUUUAAAUUACAGGAAUUUCAAAAUGGGUUGCAUACUAUGUGGCAAAGAAAGUUGUUUUGUUUCAUUUUGAAACAUUUGCCCUCGAAAAAAUGUCCUGUUUGUGUUUUAUAUUCAUAUACAUUUUAUUAUUUGUUAGAUUUUUUGGAAAAGAUGUAUUUGAAGAUUAAUCUAACAUAUAGAAUUAGUUUUCUUAAAUUCAGUUAGUUUUUUUAGUAAGAUUUAUAAAAAUGAAAAAAAAAAAAAAAAAGAAAAAAAAAAAAAAAAAAAGAAAACUUGCAGAAGUUGUCAUAUUUGUUCAGGAAUAUUUAUUGAUUAGAUCGCUCAUACUUUUUCAUUCAUUCUUAAACUAGGUAAUUAUCAUCUGUUCGUCAUGUAAACCUCUUGUUAAAUUUGUAUGCUUUUACUUUAUAGUGUCAGAAAUUUCUUAGCUUCAUUGCCAUAAAAAAUUUAUUUAUUUUUUGGUGUAUCAUUUUCUGUAUUUCAUAUGAAUUUCAUUCCAUCAUUAGCACUGAAUAUGUGUUAUUUUUGUGUUGAAUGACUUUUUUGUACAAAAAUGUGAAUUAAAAGUAUGAAUUCUUA